GGUGACGUACAUGCCGGUCGCUAAAUGUUUUAGCAUGAAUUGCAGAGCUUCAGACUUAACCAAAUAUACUUUUUAUUUUAUUUUUAAACUACAGUUUAUGUAUGUUUUAGUAAUGACGAAAUAUAUAUUUCACUGUACACGUUGAUCAAUAGAGUACAAGGUGUGAAAAUCUUCGUUUAUCUAGCUAGCUACUCUUACAUGAAAUAGCUAGCUAGCUAACAUAAACUGGUCAGCAACUUUAGUUACAAACUCCUAUUCACAGUGUAAAUGAUGGAGGAGGAGACCCAGUCCCUUCACCUGGAUGAGGGACUGUCUAUAAAGGAAGAGGAGUUCGGACAGGCAGAGGGAAAGAUGAACCAAGUGGAGGAUGAAAAACCAGAGGAGGUUGAAGAGGAAGAUGAGGAGGAUGAAGAAGCAUUGCCACACUCUGAAUUCCUGGACAUCUUUGAAGAAGGACUGGCUCGCCUUGUACAGGACCCUCUACUCUGUGACCUUCCCAUUCAGGUGACUCUGGAGGAGGUGAAUUCCCAGGUUGCCCUGGAGUAUGGCCAAGCCAUGACGGUCCGUGUAUGCAAAGCGGAUGGCGAAGUAAUGCCCAUAGUGGUGGUGCAGAAUGCUAUGGUGCUGGAUUUGAAGAAAGCCAUCCAGAGGUUCAUGGAGCUGAAACAGCAACGGGAGGGUGGGGUAAAGCACGUCAGCUGUUAUGGGAUCAGAAACAGAGAUGAGGUGACAUUCAUGAAGAGACUGAGGAAGAAGUGAAACGGAGAUUUCACUACCGGGUGGAGUCCUGCCUACUCUGUGAGUUGCCUGCACAGUCCCCGUUGCUUCAACCUGGCUGGAGAUGUACAGCAACUAUAUUCAUACACUGACAUGACUCAGUUGAUGUCUAAAAGGUUUUUCAAUGGACAUCUCAACCGUUUUUUUACAUGUUGUAGAUAUGAUUGUGUGGAAUGUUUCGUAUGGUCUCCAUUUUUUAUUGUUUGGACAUAUUCUCUUGUCAUCUUGUACAGUAAAAUUGUGCCACUUCAAAUAUGAAUAAAGGCUACAGUGCAACCAAAA